AUGAGCCGCCCGCCCCCCCGCGUCGCCCUGGCGACGGCCCUGGCCGUCGCCGUGGCGACCGCCCUCCUCUUCCUCCACCUGCAGCUCCGUCUCCACGGCAACGCCUCGGCCCUGGGUCCCGGGGGGGCGGCCACGGACGAUGAGGAGGACGACAAGGAGGAGGAGGAGGUGGACGAGCGGGCGACGGACGACGCCGCCGCCCGCGAGACGGUGGGCGACUUCGCCAGAGUCGCCCGCUCCCUCGGCCUCCACCCGACCCUCGUCGACCCCCGCGUCCUGGCGGCCCUGGCGGAGGCCGACGACCCGAAACGUCGGGGGACGUCCGACGGCGACACCGGCGGCGGCGGCCUUGACCGCGGGCCGCUGGACGUCGCCCCGCGAGUCCACCUCCUUCGCGCUGCCCGAGUGGGCCUGGGCCGGCGGCCGCGGCCCCCUGCUGCAGGCCUUCGGCGGCCGUCUCGGCUGGCGCUGGGCCGUCGCCCGCGGCGACGACCCCCGGGUCGACGACCCCGCGGCGCCGUCGCGAGGCCGCGGCCUCGCGGUUCCUCGAGUGCGACCGGCUCGCGGCCCGGCGCUACCCGCGGGGACUUCCCGGACCCCACCGACGGCGGCCCCGAGGGGGCCUCCGAGGCCGCCGGCCGCGUCCGGCGGUUCCGCCGCGGGGCCCGCGCCGCCCUGCUGGAGGCCGGCGCGGCCCUGGCGUCGGUGGCGGUGCCGCACUGGCUGAGCAGCGGCACGUGCCUGGGCUGGCUGCGGCAGUGCGACGUGGUGACGGCGGCCGCGGCCGGUGGCGCCGGUGGCGGCGGCGCCGACGUCGACCUGGGCGUCUGGGCCGCCGACUUCUCGCCCGCGCUGCUCGCCGCCCUGCUCGGCCGCGGCUUCCGGCUGCGGCACAAGUUCGGCCUGGUGGAGGACGGCUUGGAGCUGUCGCUGAUGGCGCCGGCGGCGGGCGGCGGCGGCGUGAAAUUGGACGUCUUCUUCUUCUACGAGGAGCCGGACGCCGUGUGGAACGGCGGCACCCAGAGCCGCACCGGCCUCCGCUUCGAGUUCUCCUUCGGCCGCUUCUCGCUGUGCCGCGGCCUGCUCCUGGGCGUGCCCGUGUCCGUGCCGUGCCCGCCCCGGCCCUACGUGGAGGCCAACUACGGCCCCGGCUGGCGAAGGCCGCCGCCGCGGCCGUGGGACUGGAAGCGCUCGGCCUUCAACGUGCGCCGGGCCGGGGCCUGGAGCCCGCGGGACGCCCAGAGGGCCGUGCAGACCUUCCUCUAGCGGCCCGGAGGCUCAAGGCGGUGGCUGUGGUUGUGGUGG